CGCUCAUAGUGAGGGAGGAAUAAACCAUUUCAUACAGAGAAGGACGAGUUUGUAAAUAUUUACGAUUAAUGCCACAAUGGACGCUGAAGAUGGCGGCACAUUCGCACAGACGCGGACUCCUGUAAACACUCCAAAACUUUUAUUCAAACUCAUUCUGAAGUGGGGAUUUACAUUCAAUUUGGAUAAACUGAUGAUGACGUGCAUUUGUGAAUUUUAAACGGAUGAUUUAUUUGUCACACUGACCUCAUGCCUCAGUCAUCUGCUACCCGGCAACGCCCUGGCAACCGGGUCAAACGGAAAGACAGCGGACCGCAGGAAGUCACCCUGUCACCUCGAGACUCACAGGAUGAGAUCAAUGGACUGAGACACCAGAUCGAUCGGUUGCAGAAAGACAGACGGGUCAGUGAGAGAGAGACAGGCGACAGCUUUACUAUCACUGCAGAACUGAGGUGGAAACUCAACCAGCUGGAAAAAGAGAAGCUGCAGUUCACAUCAAAAUACAACGAGGAGGUGUCACAGUAUGAAGCUCAGGUUGCCCGGUUACGGGCGCAGGUGGAGCGUGGAGAGGCUCAGCGACAGACGCUGGAGUAUGAUGUUGCCGUGGCGAGGAGGGAUGUUGCGGUCGAGAGGAGAAAAACUGAAGACGAGAUGAGAGACCUGAGAGAACACAAUCAGAAGCUGGAGGGUGUCAUCUCAGAGCUGCAUCAGCGCAUGUGUGAUGUUCAGAGAUCUCUGGAGAUCACACAGAAGGCACGAGAAGAUGAUCAUCAGGACCUCCAGACGCAGCUGCACGAGAGAGACUGUCUGCUGCUGAGCGCAAACGCUGAGAACCACCGUCUGCACGCUGACAAGAGCCGUCUGGAGACGCUCAUACAGGAACAGACCGACACUCUACAUCAGAUGAAAGAAGAAAUGGAGAGAAUGAAGAGAGAGAGAGAGAGUGACAGAGAGAAACUGAAAAACACAUCAGCAGACGUGCAGCGCAGCACUGACAGAGAACACAAACUGAGAGCCGACCUGCAGUCAGCUCUGGAGAACGUGAAGGUUCUGGAGCAGAAUGUUGAGUCAGGACGAGUCGCUCAGCUGGAGUCUAAAUUCAACUCUGACAUCAUGCAGGUGAAGCUGAAGGAUCUGGAGGAAGCUCUCGGGCUGGAGAAGAGCAGUCACGCUGACGUUGUGUCCCAUCUGGAGAUGUUGAAGCAAAAGUUGAGUGAGGUGGAGAGAGCGUACACUCAUGAGAAAGGACAAUCACAACACAUCACACACAAACUCACACAGAUGGAGAAAGAUCAUAUAAAAAUGAAGACUGAUCUAGAUCUAGAGCUGGAUCAAGAGAAGGCCAGGUCUGCUGAUAUGAUUGGUCAGCUAGAGAAGGAAAGGGCGGAGUCAUUGAAGCUGUCAGUCAGACUGCAGGAGCAAGAGAAAGAGUGUACAGAGAGACAACAGCAAAUCAACAAGGUGCAGAGGUCUCUGGUGUGUGUGCAGCAGUCUUAUGACAGUGUGUUGUGUGAUAUUGUGGAGUUGUUGCAGGAGUAUCAGCAGCAGGGGGCAGCACACACUCAUCAUUCAGAAGGAGAUAAAGCAAACGCAUCUGCUCAGUUGGACAUCCUGAGAAGAACCUUACACAACUACAAAACACAGUUGCAGGAGAGUGAUGUGGUGAUGCAGAAGUUGAAUCAUGAGAUGAUAGUGAAGGAUGAGAAGAUCACAGAGCUACAGAAGAACAUACAGGAGUGUGAGGCGCGGUGUGUGUGUGUGAACAAAGAGGUGAAGCGGUUGCGUGUGUGUGUUGUAGAUGCUGCAGCCGAUGUAGACAGAGCUCAGAAAGAUCUGCGCAGACUCGCACACAAGCUGCAGGACGAGAAAACACAACACACACACACCCAAACCCAGAUGAACACACUCCAACAACAACACCAGAGAGACACACAGGAGAAGUUGUCAUUCCUGCACGUGUUGUAUCAGCGUCUGGUCGCUGGAUGUGUGUUGGUGACACCGGCACACAGCAUGCUGGGUAGUUUCUCAUGGGGUGAGCUUAAUGCUAUGGUACAAGAGCAUGUGGAUGCAUUGACCUCUGACCUUACCGCAGCCAAUCAGAAGAUGUCGUGUUUGGAGAGUGUGUGUGAGGGACGAUCAGCAGCGCUGGAGAGAGUGAGUGAUCAAUUGAAACAACAAGAGGAGGUGUGGAGACAACAACGCCAAGAUCUCAACACACACCACGAACACACCAUCAGCCAGCUUCAGCACACAAUACAGGAUCUCAGCAGGCAGCUGGAGUCGGCUGAGGGUCGUGUCCGCUGUCUAGAGCUCAGUCAGUCUGAGCAGGAACAGGAAGUGAGGCGUCUUCAGGAGUCAGUGGGCGUGUGUGGUCGUGAGGAGGCGUGUCUGUUAGCGGCGUGUGGUGUGUUGGCGGGUUGCAUGCGUGCUCUACGCAGACAGGUGUGUGUGCUGAUGUGGCAGAAAGCCGUGUUGCAGGAGCGAGUCUGUGAGGGAGAGAUUCUGCGGAAGGAUGUCAAAACACUAUUGCACGCGCUCACUGACGCCGGGGUCAAAGGUCAGCCAGAAGUGAGAGGUCUGGCAACAUGCAGGUUCCGGCGAUGUGUGAUCGCAGUGCUGGCUGCUGGCCGUCUCUGCACGCUCGGGCGGAGCUCUUCUGUGCUGUUCCGUGUUGCCGUGGGUUACGGGAGACAGCCAGAUGUGAGUGUGAAUGAUGUGACGGUCAGAGAGGAAGAUGAAGAUGAAGACCACAGAUUGAUGAAGACUCUGAACUCCUCUGAGCUGCUCGUCCUCAUACACGCAUGCAUGGAGGGAAUCCACCAGGAGCUGAGAGGAACAGACUCUGUGAUGUCAGCAGUUCAGAGCAGAUGUAAGAAGUUGUUUGAACGGCUGCUGUCAGACGUGGACGCUCAGUGUUGUGGGCAUAAUGGGAAGGGCUCGUUGGCACGGCGACUGGGUCUGGGACUUCACAAGCUCACAAGUGACCGAAGCACUGUACACGGCUACACUAACAGCAAGGUUCUGGUUGCGUCUCUACAGAAACACAUUCUGCAGUUCACGCAGCGGCUGCAUUCAGCUGAGGUCGAGCGCCGGAACCUGCGACUGCAGCUCUCACGCAUCAACCGCAAAGACACACACACUGCGUGUGUUCCUGUACAGCGCUUUGAGACUGUAUGUAGUGAGCUCAGAAGUGCCCUAGACAGGGAGCAGUGUGCUCAGCGUCUGCUGCAUGAUCAGGCAACACAACAUCAGCGGCUGGACUUCAGCAUGCAGCAACACACGGGAGAACAACUGAAGAACAACCAGAUGCUCGCACACGCUGUGCAGAGUCUGUCAGACACUAAACGUGAGCUGAAGAGAAAAGAUCAGUGUCUCAGAUCACUGGAGAAACAUUACAACCAAUCACAGCAAACCAUCAAGAGCACUGAGGAGGCACUGAGCACUGCUGCAAAGAAUAAAGAAUCUCUGAUGAGCUACAUCAAAUCUGUGGAGGACUAUUUGAAAGAGAUGAGAGAUGACAUCAUUCAGAGCAGGGGUGUGUCAUCACAGGAUCAUGUGACCCUCCUCUUGCCCGACCCUCCCAGCAUCAUUAGAAACCCACAGACUGACGCCUGUCAGAGUUUGGUGAGAUGUUUCCUGGAGCUCUUUCAGCUAAUGGUCUUGAAGAUCUCAUCCCAGGGUCAAGAGAUGUCAUCAUCAACACACAGCUGAAGAUGACCUGCUGUGACGUCACACCUGUGACAAUCAUUCAUCAUCACACCGCCAGGACCACUGUAUGUAAAUGAGCUCUGUGAUGAUUGGCUGUGUGUUUAAAUAUACACAAUACGUUCAUGUGCUGUAAUAAUCACCGUUGUUCAUUUCUGUUUGUUUUGAAUAAAAACAGAUUGUGUUUACAGUA